CAACACACGCUCAGGCUCAGUGAUGUUGGAUACGACCACAGGAGACUGAGCUCUGUCCACACACCACACACACUGUGAACUACUCGAGGACAGACACUCUCACACACACACAAACAGCUGGUUGAUGAUGGAGGAGGCUGACCUGCUGAGGGAGAGACUCCAAGCCAUCACGGACAAAAGAAGAGUCCAGGAGGACAUUGCCAAGAAAAGGAGACAGAUUGAGGAGGAGAAAUUAAAACUUCAGUACAUAAAGAAGAAGGCUCUGAGGGAGCAGUGGCUGAUGGAUGGUCUGAGCCAGCAGUCACAGGAGGAGCAGGAGGCCAUGAAGCUUCAGGCUCAGGAUGAACAGGAGCAGAGUGACCAGCUGCAGAGUAACAUCCACAGAAUAGAGAAGGAGAUUGAGGCCUUGGAAACACAGGAGCUGAACAUCUCUGCCAAUGAAGAAGUCAUUCUGAAACGGCUGAAGGAGGUGGAAAAGACAGCUGAGGACAUUAUCAAGAAAGCUACUGUUGCAGCAAUAGAGAUGGAGGAAAAAGAACUGAAGGAAGGUUGCAGCACAACUGAGAAUCACAACUCCUUCAGUAUCACCAUGGAAACCACUGAACAAUCAGAGUCGGCAAUAGACUGUGAAGUGGAGGUCGCUGUAGCUGAUUCACCUGAAAAGGGAAGGACGCAAAUCCAGAUGAUGAACAACUUUGUUUAG